GUGACCCGUCUGCAAGAGAGAGAGAGCUAUUUUGGGCCUGCCAAGCUUCCAGGGACCCACUGCCCCUGGUGCCAGUGUGAAGGGCACCGGGCACAGCAUCAUGUCACCCCAGGAGAGGCUUACCACGAACUCCCCAGCAUGGCCCCGUCCUGGGCAUAAGCUUUCUGCAAGAUGGAAAAUUUUCAGUAUAGCAUCCAGCUGAACGACUGGGAUUGGGCUGAAUUUUACUUGGCCUCAGAGGAAUGCCGCUUGAUCCCCCCAGCCUUGGCCACUGCUGAAGACCAGCUCCUGAGUGAUUCUGAGGACGGGGAGGCUGAAGAAAAGAGGGGGAUCCAAGAGACGGCGGGCCCUGCCCCAGCCCACCGAAAAGCCAGCUGCCCCUCCCGUGAAUCCCCAAGUGGGCACCUGCUGGCGGAAGACGUUUUGUCGGGCAGCGAAGAUGAAACCGACUUAGGCUCCGUCGGCAGGUUUCUGUGCGGAAGCCCCCCAGUUCUCCUGCCUUCUCGGUCCCUCCCAAGUCAGUUGUCCGGCCUCACCUCGAACCCUCUGAGAAGUUGGCCUCAGCUGCCAGGACCUGCCACAAGCUCUGCCCUGGUCUCUGCUGCUGAAGAAGAAGGCGCAGCAAGAGCGGGUUGGCCCAUGGAUCCAAAAACGAAGGUGGAAGCCCCUGCCACCCAAGGGAGGGGUUUACAAGAGCCACGUCCAAGGCCAGAGAUGGGAGAAAGCUCCUUGGUGCCACCCCUUAGCUUGAGUGCUGCAGAGGCAACGGAGAGCCCGGAGGGAGCAAAUGGCUUGGAAUUACAGCGCGCCCAAGACAAUACUUCCCCGACGGCUUCUGCAGGCUGCCCAUUUCCAGGAUCAACGGGCAACACUGGAAAACUAGAAUUUCCCAAGCCAAGAGAUGCAGCUUCACCUCCCGGCUCCAUCAAGGUUCCUUCUCUCCUUUCUUCAGAAGCAGAGAAGGAAGUCAAGGGCCUUCCGACUGACUUGGGGACGCCGUUCCAGGAAAAGCAUUCCCCUUCUCAAGAACAUUCGGUCCAGCUGGCCAACAUUAGGGAAAGGACUUCAGGGAAGAAAGAAGAGGAUGCCAGGCCCCUCAAAAGUGAGAGGGGAGCAGACCACAGCAGGAGCUUAAGCCCUAAUACUUCGCAAGAAGGAGACCAAGUCAAAGACGACGGGGUACACGGAAGCCCAGGAGCUCUGGAAGAAAACGGAUGUCCAAAACCAUCUCUGGGAGCUGAAGCCAGAAGACGCGCCUCUUCACCAGGAAAGGUGGAAACACAGAAUAAUGGAGAACCCUGCCUCCAUCUUGGUCUGGUCACCCCCCCUGAAGGAGAGCAUCCAGCUAGGAUUCAAGGAAGCCAGAGACUGGUUUCCUACCCUCUGAAAUCAAACGACUCUCCAGAACACUCUUUAACAACCAUGACAUGGCCAGAAGUGUACGACUAUUUCUUCUACAAUGAUCCCCAAGAAGUGGAAAGACCAGCGCGGGAGGAAAGAUCGAGGCAGACCAGCAACAGCCAUCAGUCGGAGCUUCCAGCAAUGUCAGGGCCUGAAAUGUACGAAUAUUUCUUCCUCGACGCAGACGAGGAGACCGGGGGCAAAGCCAGCCCUUCGGAGACGUCCCUCAGUUCUGACCGUUGCGUGGCUCCAUCCGAUGCGUGGGAAGAGCCAGCCUCCGACGUGACCGCCGACCCCAUGGGAUUCCCAGAGGUGUAUGAACACUUCUUUGCACACCACCCACGAGGCAAGCGAAGCCAGAGGCAGAAUUUCUUGGCCGUGCCAGCUUCAGAGUUGAGAAAGGCCUUGAGAGCCUUAACGUCCCUUGUACGUAGACCGGUCCGCUUCCUCAGAUCCCAGCCAAAGCAGAGAGGAUCCCAAGCAAGAGUGAUGGUCCUGUCUCCCACGCUUCUCCCACUUCCCGGGGAAAGGAGGUACCCAAGACCAGAAAACCUUGGGGUGGCUGUCUUACAACCAGAGAGGCCCCUCCAGCUGGUCCUCACGCCCAGGGAUAUGUGUCUGGGGUUCCUGGCGUUCGCUUCCUGGGCUGUGAAGACCUCCGACCUACGAGCUCCAGAUGCUUGGAAGAUUGUGUUGCUGGCAAACGUCGGUACCCUCUCAGCCAUCCGUUACUUCAGGCGGCACGUGGUCACGGAAAGUCAUCCUGGCACUUAAGGAAAUAUGGGUCGAUCCUCUGCAAUUCCUGAUGGAGAUGCUUUUGAAAGCGUGAUGCCGGUUUCUGCAAAGCAAGCAAGCUUGGAUUCCUGGACUCCAAAUUUACUGGGAGGGCAAGAGGUGAGAAAGAUGAAGGCUUCCCUAAAAAUCAGAUUUUGUUACCAUUUUGUCACCAGUUGGGGGCUACCCAGUCGAAGCCCAAAUCCCACUUUCUUCCCUUUGUCUCCCAGUUGGGAACUUAUCUUAAGCUUACAAGAGAAGGAAAGCUAUAAAAUAAAUGACUCGACAGACCCAGGAGCCAAAGGACCACCGAAGGAGGUCAUCAAAUGGAUUCAGAGGGGACUUUCACAGAUGAGUAAGGGAGAGGAACAAAAAGCUUUUUUAAAAAAAAAUACAGUUAGGUUUAGGAAAAGGAAUACCUGCAGGGCAAGAUCGUCCGAAGGGUGUUUAGGCAUUUCCUACACGAUGGGAGAGAAGAAGUUCACCCAGUAGGGUAGAGUCGUAAUGAGAAACCUUUUCAACUAAUAGGAUCUUGCCCUCCCCACACUAGGGCAGGGAGCUGGAGUUUGGUGGGACGGGUAACCUGGUUUGUUGCAGAAGAUAACAGGCUGAUUUUUGGAAGAGGGCAGUAACGUGGUGGAUGGAGAGAGGUUCUGGAGACUGCUUACAUGUCGAAGCCCACCCAUCUCUGUUGGUGAGCAUUAGGAAAUGACUUGGCAAGAUGCUACGAAUAUUACAAAGUUAUCCGAGGAUCAGUUCUACGGAAUUUAGAAAGUUUGUAAAUUCCCAUCCAACAGAUACUAAGUUGACCGCAAACGUACACAGACAGUUGACUGGUUUCUAUUGUUAUACUGUUUCUCAGCUCUGUCUUUUGGGUGCUUUAUAAAUAGUUGCAGUAAACAAACUUUUUUUUUUUAAAAAAAAAUAACAUUUAUACACACUGCCCUUCUGAAUGCUCAAAGCACAUCAUAUACCGUACAUUAUUUUGCUGUGAUGUUUAUAACUAUCUUAUACGUAGAUCGGUUUAGUUUCCCCAAAAAUGGCAAACUGAGGCCAGAAGAACCUGAAUCAAAAUGGAGAUUCACGUGAAAGAUUUUCCCCCCCUAUUUCUCAGUCUUGGGGCCGCUAUCCGUAAACAGCCCUCUGUCUUCAACUGUUAGUUGGGAUGACUUUUCCACUCCUGUUCUCUGUGUAUAUGAUUCUCCAAAAUUCAGUAUGAGAGUAGAAAAGAUACUUGUAUACUGAAGAAAAAUACCAAACUAUUAAAAUCUUCAUGACCUGC